AUGGAUGUAGUACUAUUAGUGGGCAAUGAUGGGGUAAACUUUUUAUCAGUUGUACCUACUAUUACUAACUCUCCGAAAGGGGAAAAACCCAGAAAGGACCACAAAGUUCUGCCUGGGAUAAGCUACAAGGAUGCAGCUACGAGCAACCUUAAAAUAGCUAUAAUAGACAAGGAUAACCCUUACGGUAAGAUAACUACCAAAAGAGAGGUCCUCGUCAAAAAGACACUGAUGGGAGAGCUGGACAAAACAAUCUUGUCCGCCUCCUGCAGCAAAACCAAGCCACCCACAUUCAGGUCUUGGUCGUACUCUGGUGAAAUCAUCAGAGUAACCUACGACGAUGACCUGACGUUGGAAUGGCUAAAAACCAAGGUACCAACCUUAAAAACAUGGGAAGGAGCAACACUCGUAGCUGUAAGGAACGGAUGA